UAAUUCAUCACACCUGCGCAAUGAUUUCACUUAGCGCUGACUGGGGUGCCACCUGCGUGCAGACAUGCCGGCAGAUCCGGUCGUCUACUCGGCGGAGAACUUCGAUCCCAGGCCUGACCAAGAGCUGGUGUGCACCGUGUCCCGAGGCGUGUUUCGGGACCCAGUCGAAUGGCCCAGCCACCACGUGUUCUGUUCCAUCUGUAUCCCUGGCAUGCCGCCAAUUGGCACGUUGCGUCGCCGAGAGAUGUCCGUGUCGCAGCUCACGCCCACGGUGCCCCUCGUGGCCAACAUGAUCGCCCGGCUCACCAUGCGCUGCCCACGCGGAGAUGAGUGCUGCUCUUCAAACGUGCACAUGUUUUGUCUGAAGCGCCACCUGGAUUCUUCCGAGUCCCGCAACGCGCUGUGCCCGGACCGCGGAGCCCAGAAGCGUCUCUUGGAGCUGAGCUGGCCGCCGAGCGAGCGCUGCCCCAAGCGGACGGUGCGUUGCAGCCGCGGCUUCAGCCUGGGCGCCGACCAACUGCGCGACCACGACUGCGUGCAGGAAUUGCACUGUUUCAUCACAUCGUGGUAGCGCACAAUCAACCAAUUAACAUGCUGCGCCAACAGCUAAAAUAGGCUCAACAGGACGUGGACUGUCUUCGUCACCC